AUGCAGGAGAAGUUUCGCUCCGCAAUCUGUCUCCAGACGACGCAGAAAGUCCUGCGCGCAGCCCAGAUCCUCCGUAUACCCGUCAUCGUGACGACGCAGAAUGGCGCAAAGCUCGGGCCUACCGUCUCUGAGCUUCAGGAGUUGACGGCGGGCGCUGCAGUUGACGCAGAUAAGACGGCCUUUAGUAUGCUGCGCGCCCCGGAAGUAGCAUCUCGCUUCCCGCACGCAGACCCAACGGGAACCAAUGGGCCCCUACCUAGCGAGGUCGCCAUCGUAGGCAUCGAGACACAUAUCUGCGUCACGCAGACCGCUCUCGACUUGCUCGAACGCGGGCACAAGGUAUACGUGCUGGCGGACGGCGUCAGCAGCUGCAACCAGAUGGACGCACGGGUGGCGUUUGCACGGCUGCGAGCUGCGGGGGCGGUGGUGACGACUAGUGAAAGCUGGCUCUACGAGUGCAUGGGGGAUGCGGGGAUCCCUGAAUUCAGGGAGGUGGCGAAGUUGGUGAAGGAGACGGGGCCGGGGAUGAAGGAGGUGCUGAAGGGGUUGAUGAGUAACUUGUAG